CACGUGUGGCCUCCGACCAAUUGGAGUUAACGUAGAUGCCGCCAUGUUAACCUAUCUAGGGGCUAUAGGUGUCAGGAAAUUAUUUGGAACCAGAAAAGCGAAGUCAUAAAUGUGGUUUUAAUAACGGAGAAAGUAUGGCUAAAGGAAGUAGUGGUUUAAGGAAGAAGAAAUUGCAUUCUUCGAAACCCUAUGAUGUCUCAAAUUCAUUUGUGAAGAAAGUCACUUCUCGUGUAACAAACCUACUUCCACAACCAGCAUGGCUGAGCAAGUGGUUUACUGCAUCUGUGGAUGCGGUUAAUUCAAAUGACUCUGGUUCAGAGGAUGACGAUGAUGAUACUGCUAAUAUGCACACACAUCCAGUAAAGCGAGCCAAGAUUGAAUUGAAUCAACCGUUUCCUCCAAAUAGUUUUAAAGUAUCUACAAUUGGUAAUGACCAAGUAUCAAGCCAACAAGCAAGCACAUUGAGAAUUGUCCAAGAUGACAGCACAGAUGGUGCAGUGGCAGGGCCAAGCGGAGUCAGUACAAGACAACUUAUAUCCUCCACUCCAAAUAUUCGGUCAACAGGAUCACAUCUGUUGGCUAGUGCAGGACAGAAGAUGAAUGUAUGUUUUCUAUUUAAAGGAGAUGACCAAUCAGAAGGUAGUGAAUCUACAAGUGGCUGUUCGUCGGUACCCCAAGCUAACCGACAGAUGGGGGCUGGUGGAGAAUCAAUUAGCAGUUUGUUAGGGCGAAGGCGGAGCAUGGACGAAAAGCUGAACUUCACUGGACAUCUUCAGAGACCACGGUCCUUGUUCUCUGACCGAAGUCAUAGCCGCAGCCCACAUCUGAACUCUCCUGUUAAGAGAAGAAACCCAUCAUUCAACGCAUCUGCUUUUGGCUCACCACUUGUAGGAAAGGACAACUCUUCUUCCAAGAGUACUGUUAUCAGUUCACCAUUCUAUACUGGGAGGACGACAUAUGGUGGAGCUUCUGCCUACAGAGCUACCAGGAACAAGACUUUUAUUCACAGUGAGGCUGUAUCUCGCAAAGACUGUGGUGUCCAAAUAAAGCCUGUAAAUUGUGUGCCAGAUCCAUUAAGCAGCAUGAGCACAGCGGCAUAUCGUAUUCUAGAGGCAUUAGAACGACUCUCAACACCAGUUCUUGAUGCUAAACGUAUCCCUCUGGAGCCCUCACCUCCACCACUUAGUAACAAGCGUAAGCGUCUGCAUGGUACAGACCUACGACUGGGUCAGGCACCUCAUACCCCAAAGUCAGCGUGUGGUCUGACUAUUCCCACUGUGCCAGAUCUGCUGAAAAUGAAACACCAUGAGAAGUUGCAGGACUCUUCUCAGUCUGCACCUCCUACUGCUACUUCAUCUGCUCCUAGCAACUUCAAUCACGAGUAUAAACUUAGGUUUGAGGAUGAUGGGAAGGAAGGAAGGCACGUGGGAAAGAUCAGAGGCAAAGUGAAAGAACUUGAAGAAGGAACCGUGGAAGCAGUAAACCUCCCCCAUAUUUCACUACCACUUACAUCUGUUCCAAAGUUUGAUUUUGUAGUUCCUCCAGCAGCUGACAUGCCUGCAGGCAUCAGUACCUUCAAGUUUGCUUCCCCAAUCAUUGUUAAGGAGAAUGCAAGGACAUGUUUACCUAAUGAUAACUUUGCUCUCAGUGAUCCCCUCAGUGCUGUAGGUAAUAAGAAAAUCACAGUGGAUACAAAAAGUAAUUGUGAUGAUACUUCCAUUCCAAAUUGUCCUACAAAAUUAAGUGGAGUGCAGUUUGUAUCUAGAAGUGACAAUAAGAAGAAUGAGGGUGAAAUUGCGUCACAUAAGAACAGUAAUGAUGGUGAGAUGUGUUUCGGCAUUAAGCGAGCCACAAAACGGGCAGCAUGUGGUGUAAUGGACAUUCAAGGAAAGAAGCCGUAUUGUACUGAUAAGGCAGAAUUGAAGGAGGUUGAUUCAAGUAGCAUCUCUUUAGAUAAGUUGAAACCGGCCCCUGAAAUUUGGGAGUGUGGAGACUGCAUGAUCCACAAUAGAAUCGAUGACACGAAGUGUCUUGCCUGCAAGGCUCCUCGUACAUCUGCUGGAUCACUGACUUCCACUGCAGCCAGUACGCCAGAAUGUCCCAGAAUUCAAGUCAGUGCAUCAGAUGUUAUGUGGGAAUGCAGUUCCUGCCAUGUACAUAAUCUGUACAGUGCUACAGUGUGCAGCAAGUGCUUAGUAGCAAGGACAGAAGGCCUAUCUCAUGGUAAAAACUCAGCACAUCCUGCAAUGUCAGUUAAUGGUUCUGGCAGGAAAUUCAAACCUAGUGAGACUUGGGAAUGUGGAACGUGUGCAGUAAGGAAUCGAAACUCCCUGAAGCAUUGUCAUGCCUGUGAAACCAGAAGACCAGUAUUAGCUGCAACCAGAACACCAGUGUCAACUGCCAAACCAACACAGACAUCUGUAAAUUCCACACUUGAGCUUGGAUUUGGAGACAAAUUUAAGAAACCACCAGGAUCAUGGGAUUGCCCAGAUUGCAUGCUGCAGAACAAGAGUGAAUCAUUGCAUUGUGUAGCAUGUCAGAAAGUCAAACCCGGUUCAGAAUCCCAGUCACCCAUAAAUUUGAUUGUUGUACUUGAUAAGGCUGGUGUGUCAGUAAAGGAGUCCAACAAUGCCUCUUCAUCAAACUUGCAAAGUAUCUGUUUUGGUGAAACGAAGGUCAUACCUGUAACAACUAUCUCCUUUUUAGUAACUCAGGCCAGUGAAACAAAAAGCGUAACAUUGGCUACCAAACCAACUCAAACGUCACCUGCACAGUCCACAGUUGGUAUGUUGUUUGGAGACGGGUUCAAGAAAACAUCUGGAAUGUGGAAUUGCUCAAAGUGUAUGGUGCAGAACAACAGUGAUACACUGAAGUGUGUAGCUUGUGGGGGAGCCAGACCAGGUUCAGAGUUGCAUUCAGCCAUGAAGGUGAGUUUUGGAAUUGAUAAGGCUGGUGUUCCAGUAAAGGAAUCUGACAGUGCAUCUUCAUCAAACAUGCAGUUUUUCACAUUUACUGAACCCAAGGUUACAUCAGACAGUAUGCCUAAAACAACAGAGGCAUGCACAUUGGCUACUGCUUCCACUGGUUUUAGUUUUGGACCUGCAAUGAUGUCCCCAUCAGCAUCAGAAACUGUUGUGAAACCUGCAGAUACAAGCUCACUUUCACAAACAGCAUUUUCUUUUGGGAUUCCACAGCAUUCACAAUUCCAACCACCAGCAUCAAGUGAGGACCAGAAACUGCCUGGAGGUGAUCCAAAGAAACGCCGGUCAUCUGAAGUGAAAGAUGACAUUGCAAAUAAGGCCAUGUUUUCAUUUAAUGGAAGUAGUUUCACAAGUGAGAAUCCUAAUACAUCAACAGAGAUGGUACAAAGUGCAAAGUCUAAUUUAAGUUUUGGUGCAACUUUGGAAGACGCAGCUUCCACAGAUAUUAACAUGAGUUUGGUUGAGCCAGCUGCUGCUGUUCCUAGCAUUGGUUUUACUUCACCACAAGCUGCAUUUGGAAGCAGUACUGUUGCUGCCGUGACUGCCAGUAGUAAUAUUGAUUUUGGUAUUGCUACCUGUACACCAGCUGCCACUGUUACAACAGCAUCAGGUGUAUUUAAUUUUGGUGCAACAAGUCCAUGUGUAACAUUUGGAGGGUCUUCUCAACAAUCUGCCAGUACUUCUGGAAUCACAAAUGAAUUUGGUACAGCAUUGAAAACUGAUGCUCCUACUAUGUUUACUUUUAAUUCCAAUGUAAGUAAUAUGGAAACUGUUGGAGCUACCACAUCAAAUACACAGGUACCCAGCUUUGUACCAAUAAUGAACACUGCAACCAAUACAGCAUUUGGACCCUUAACCGCGACAGCCACUAUGUCACCUUCGUUGUCAAGUUUUGCUUCAGCCACCACAGCACCCAAUUUCGGUUUAGGAGCAAGAGAGACAACUCCAGCAUUUGGCACACCCAAUACAACUAUAAAUAGUGCCAUUACAACUUCUCCUACCUUUGGCAGUUUUCCAGCUCCAAAUUUCAAUACAGGAUUCUCUGCUAUUCAUGAACAGAAGCCAUUACUGCCAGACGUCACAAUGUCAACAGCCACUCCUGUGCCAUUCACAUUUGGUUCCAGUCUUGGGCAGGCAGCGCCAUAUGCUUUUGAUAACGUUCAGAAUGACCAAGGUUUGGCAAACAAGGGCACAUUUACUUUUGGUUCAGCCUCAACACCAGCAUCAAAUUCUGGAUUUAGCUUUGGGUCAAGUAAUCAAGUGCCAUUUCAUGUUGGGCCUGCUUACAAUUUUGGAUCCAGUGAAGUCACUACGUCUAGCACUGUAAUCCCAUCAAUGUUUCAAGCAGCAGGACCUGCUAGUGGUAAUGUGUUUGGGGCAUCAUCUUCAGUAUUUGGUGCCAACAAUUCUGGCAACAGUAACCCUGCACCUACCACUGCUGCUGGCCCAAGCCCUAGUCCAUUCAUCUUUGGCUCCAACCCUGCUCCUACCACUGCUUCUGGCCCAAUCCCUUGUCCAUUCAAGUUUGGCUCCAGUAGUUCACAGCCAAGUUCAAAUGUGUUUGGCUUCACAGCGAAUCAACCCACAGGAUCAACAAAUGUUCCAGUUCAGAACUUCACUAGCCCAGCAUCAAACUUCACCAGCCCAGCAUCAAACUUCACCUUUAACCAGUCACAGCCAGCUGCACAAUCUUCAUCGCAGCCUGUUGGCCCUACAUUUGACCCUUCUAUACGGCCCACUUUCAACUUCAGCAAGGGCGAAACACCUUCCUUUACAGCUACAGCUGCUGGUGAUGCUGUAAGGCCUGAACGUCGCUUCAAGAAAGCACUGAGGCGGACACAUCCUCGAUAAGAAAGUAGUGUGUUGCAGCUGUCAACUUUUGUGUGUUGAGUAUAAUUCUGGACAUGUGUGUGCUGUGAACAUUUGAAUUUUAGAAGUAAGUGUCAUAUGUAAUGAUUAAUAAUUAUGGAAAUAAAGGAAUUUUAAGAAAAAUUAGACCACGGAAAAUAUACAUUUCAGACACACUUUAACUAUAUAAAUUUGUGCAUUAGCUGCUAACAAUGCCAGAAGUCAGAGUCUCUUUAAAGAAAUUCUGAGCAUAUCUGUUUCAGGAUAAGUGGCAAUAUCUUUGGAAGUAAAGUAGUUUGUUUUCACAGGCUCUGUGUCACUGCCCUUGGGUGGUUACAUGUACUAUGCCUAUUUAGACAUGAUAGGAAUUGCUUCAUCUGAACUGUGGGAUAGUAGACAGUUUACUUGAAGUAACUGAGUAAUUAUUUAAAUAUAAAAUAUGUAACAAAAGUGGCAUUCAGAUACUGUAAAGAGAAAAACAGGAUUUUUGUUGCACAGCUGAAUGCCAUUUUCCAUUGCUGUGGUUUAGAUGUUCUCUAUGGCCUGGUUACUUUGACAAGAAUAGUGGUGUUAAUUUUGUCAUUACAAAAGCUCAUUUCAAAUUUGUGUUAAGUAACCAGGUGCUAGCUUAGGUUGUCUCACUUCUAUAUAGGAAUGCUAUGGACUGUGAACAUUCUCUGUAUUUUUGAGGGCUAUGUCCUCACUCCUCAUUCCUCACAUUUUCGGUAGAAUCACAGUUAAGAGUAUGUUUUCAUGUCAGAACAAUGUAUCUGUUACUAGGGUUAACAAUGGCCUUAAGAUGAGUGCCAUUUAUUUAAGAGAAUGUUCACAGUGUUAGUAUGUAAUUAAUAUAGUUGUUUUAGCAUUCUUAGUCCCCCUGCCCCUUUUUGUGUACUGGGAUGGAGUAUAUUAGUAACGAGACAUGUUUUUUACACACAUACACAUUUGUGGCCUGGCCCACAGAAUUUAUUUUGAAUUUUCAAUAUACCACUUGUAGUUGCGUGUGGUAUUGUUAUAAUAAAAAUAUGUGAAAUAUUCUCAUGAAAUUGCCAAAUGAUAAAUGGUAAUAAGAAUAUUCUAGAAAGCUUUUCUGUGAUAUUCUAGUGGGCCAGGUUAUUGGGCACAUAUGGUGAUGUAAAUGUUAGCUUGUGUAGAAGGCAGGCUCACUCCUCCACAAUUCUGCCAGGAAACAUGGAUUUCCUAUUCUUUUGAUGGGUGUGUGGCGUGAUGUGACUGUGUUGAAGAACACUCAUGAUUGUAUGCUGUGUUUUGGACAAAUAUUUGCAUAUAUGAAACUGUUUUUGAUUAGAAAAAAUAUAUAUGAAAGAUGCAUGAAAGGAGUUAGACUGCUUUGUGUGUAAAUAUGGUAUUAAAUGUUUUCGGCUGUUGUUUUCAUUAUAUGCUGAAAAUUUCAUCUGGACCAUACUGUAACAGGUCAGGCAUCAGACAUUUACCUUUAAAGGUUGUGAAUUCAAAUUGGCAUUCUCCAUUUUUAUGACAUUUUAAUGCGGUAAGUAGAUAGACAUUACAGUUCAUGUCAUGUAAGAUUGAUCUAUGAGAGAAUUUCAGGUUUUGACGUUUCAGCUUGUACAUACAAUCUUAGGGUGAAGUUUUCAGCAGCAACAAAAUAUUUGUGCCUUUAUUAUUUCCAUGGUGUAUAAGCUCCGGUUGUCAAAGGCAUGUUCCAGAAAUGUCAUAUGCCAUCAUUUGUUUUACCAUGUUUUCAAUAUGCAGCAUUUUUGAGAACUCCUGUACUAUAUAUUACAACAGUGUAUUUCUGGAUUCAGUCUUGACACCCAUUUCCUGCAGUGCUCAAUUAUGGUUACAGCAUAAAUAAAAUAAUAGGGUUAAGUUUGUUUAUCUACAAGUUGUUAACAAUAUCCAGUCUGUUUUGAGUUAUGUUGUAAUAUUAUUGAUUUCAUGGCAUAUGAUAUUUAUACACAUUAUUAUUUGGAAAUUAAAAGUCAGGUCUGUUGUGUUA